UUAUACAAGUGCACUGUCCGUGCCUCGAAUUAUUAUAUGUAUAUAUGUCAAAAAAUCUUACCUGAUUUUAAUGGAUUUUUGUAUUGGCUAAUGUGUCUUGGUAUUAUUUACAUGUUAAUACGCCCUCUUACUUGCUUUAUUGGCUCUAUUCUCUGGGGUUGUACCGAUUUGCCUUUGUGUAUUAUUCGUCAAUUUCUCGAAUUGUGAGCAAAGUGCUGUAAAAGAUGAAUACUUAUCGUACUGGGGAGUUGUAGCUCAAUUAACUUCAACUCAUUUUUUCCAGAGUCAUGUAAGCUUUUGGCAAAGAAUUGUAGUAUUAGACUGUUCAACUAUAGAGUAUGAAUCUCAGAGAAGGGACUGUACCGAGUACAAAUGUGAGAUGUUUCUUCAAUGAAUGAAAAAUGCGUAGCUUUGAAUGGAUUAACGAUGAGAUUUAUCUUUAUGUUUUCUAUUUAUUUUUAUUGCUACAAAUAGCGUAAAUGCAUCAUCUUCUUUUUUUUACGUUUAAGGGUGAAUAUUCAUCUCCUAUCCCAUUAAUAAAAGAGAAAUAUAGAACUGUUGGAAGUACUUUAUAAAGAGAGAUGUAUAAAAUAAGUAUGAAACAAAUAAUCCUCAGGAGUGACAUUGUGCCAAGGAAACUGGUGGAAGUACUUUAUAUUUUUAAUCUACUACCAAGACAAAGCAAGAUGAGUUACUAGCUAAUAAUUCAAGAAUAGGGUUAAUUACAUCAUUCUCUUUGCAGUCUGCCUUGGUUAAAUAUGUUUUUCUAAUUAUAAAAAUUACACAUACGACAUAGUAUAUGCACGAUAUCUAGUACAAGUUGUGAGAAAAAUGUUUUCAGAGAACUUAUAUAGCUCCAUGCCAAGACGGAGAGGAAGACCUCGCAAAACAAGUGAAGUUGUAAAGGAUGCAGAUGAAGAAGAGCAUAAAGUGGAAAAGGAAGAUGAUAUAUUCAAGCAAGAAGCUGAACGUCAAAGUGCUGCUGUCAGGGCUAUUCGUGAUGUGGAGAUUGAACACCUACGAAAUAUGUUGCGAUUGCUGCGAUCUAAAUUUAGUAAUGAACAGCUGCAAGUUCCAGUCAUGCAAUUUUUUGAGGAAAAUUUUCCAAACCUGGCUAUUGUAAGCAAUAAGAAAAAUGGUCAGUAUGAAGUGCAGUGGAAAGACAAUGAUGUCAAUUUAAGCAUGGAGCAGUUUGAUGGACGGAAUCUACAUGCUUCUCUUCUUCAUAACCUGUCCAUGGCGUACCCUGAUUGCUCCAGUGCCAUGCCGUCAUUUGGUGGUUUUGAAUUCUCAAAUAAAUCUGUUAAAACAACCCUCUGUGGUGUCGAAAACCUCCAGAUCAAGGGAUUUGUCUUGGACGAGCCAUCUGACACCCAAAUGCUUGAUCUGCCGGAUACUCUUCAGACACCCGGUGCAAGUAAUAACAGACUGUCUGUUGGGAUGACUCCCAAAACUUUAAGGCUGCCUAAGCCUGGGGAAAUGCUUCUAUCUGUCCACGGCUCUCCUCUCGGUGUUUUCAAGGAAGACAACAUGGAAGCUAUACAUGAAUCUGGAGAUGGUAACGGCUCCGAGUGAUCUGUUAGCGUAGAGGUAAAAGAUACCGUUCAUCUGAUUGUAAUGUUUGAAAUUAGUAUUCAAGGCUAACCCGUGCUCUUAAUUUUGAGAGCCCUUUGCCAUCCUCUUUUUGGUUUGUUCCAGCCCUUUUUCUCUAUUUCCUUUCCCCUUUCCUUUGUUAGGCUAGAGGUUGGCAGGGUUCUGACUAUUUUCUGUAGGUUAUGAAGCUGGAAAAGUGAUGCUCUUUGUAAAUAGUUUUGUAAGAGUAACAAGAAUUUUAAUGUUUAGAGACGGUCAUGUUCUUAAA